CUGCUAAUCCCAUCUGCGAAACAAGUAGCUUUUUGGACUGUAAUAAGAUGUUAUCAAAUAACAAAUAAAAUAAAUUAAAAUUAUUAGUUUAGCUCAAAAUUUACAGUCACAUUUCCUUUUAUUAAUCAAUUAUCUAGUCUGAGUUUACAAUUAGAAGUCUAAAGAAUAUUAAAAUAUAUUUCUAAAUUUUUGUGAAUAAUAAAAUGUACAUAAUGUCGAUUUUUAAAAAGUGGAUACGUUACAAGAAGAAUGUGAAUUUCAACUUAAGUUUCAUGCGUCAGAGUUUCAAAAAAUCUAAAAAGUGAAAGAGUGAAAGAGUGCACUGCAAAGAAUUUGUGAAACUUGAUGAGCGGUUGAAGGAUAAUUAAAAAUGAAAAAGAGGUGAGGAGCUGUGGAUUGGAGGGUCAGACCACGGCCCCAGGAAUGGCCUGGGGGUUACCCUGGGGACCUGGAAAAUAAGGAAGUGGCUAGGAGAGGAUUCCAGAGGCGGAGGAGGCCGCCAUGAACGCCAGCGUUAACGUCGAGAGGAACUCCUGGCGGCUACCUCCCGACGAGACCGUCCAGGUCGCCGAUCCACGAUCUAAAUCAGCUCAGGUAAAAGAGGACCUUACAUACGGAGAAAGUGGUCAUAACUGGCGAAGCAUAAUCUUCUCACUUUUGGUUAUUGGCAUCGUCAUUGCUGGUAUUGUUACAGCCAUCUACCUCCUUGGAUACGUUGACGAACUUUUGUACUGGAGCGGAAGGCGUUUGUCAUUGGAGGAGUGUUUAGAUGGAGAUCUGACACCACAUCGGCUACCACCGACAUGGAUUUCUCACGAUAAGUUCGUUUAUCAAGCAGAUGAUGGUUCCCUUGCUCUACUGGACACGUCCAAUAACACUGUUUCUAUUCUAGUAUCAAACCACACGCUGAGGCAGCUCAAUGUUCAAGGGUAUCAGUGCAGUACGGACUUACGUUACGUGCUCUUCAAACACAAUGUCAAACCGGUUUUCCGGCACACCUUUACAGCCCAUUACACGGUGUACGACGUCACAAACGACCAUCACAUGCCUCUUCGCCUCCACACCUCCACGAAGUUUCACCAGACGCGCCUCCAGCAUGCCGCCUGGCUUGGAAACACGACUGUGCUGUUGAUGAUAUCUGAGAAUGACAUUUAUCUAAGAACGACGCCUUCAGCCACCGAGGACACUCGCCUGACAGACACAGGGAUACCAGGAGUGGUUUACAACGGUGUUCCAGACUGGCUUUAUCAGGAAGAGGUCUUGCCGAGGCCAGAGGCAAUUUGGUCCAGCUCGGAUGGAUCGCAUAUUCUUUUUGCCAGCUUCGAUGAUACCAGAGUCACCGAACUAGAAUUUCCUUGGUUUGGCACUCAGAUUGGCCAAAAUGGGUAUGGUGGCAUUCCUACUGUUUCUACAAAAAGAGGAACUUUUCCACCCUCCAGGACCAUCAGAUAUCCAACCCCUGGCUCACCGAAUCCAGAUGUGGACCUCUGGCUCAUUGAUCUGAAUAAUAACACCAAUUUUUCAAAUCUCACGAACACCACACAGCCUUUAAGGACGAGACUGAAUCCACCUUCUGCUUUAGAUGGACAGGAAUAUUAUCUUAUCUCAGCGGGAUGGAUAGGAGAACACUCUUCUCAAGUUGCAGUAGUUUGGAUGACGAGGUCCCAAAACUUAUCUGUAGUAUCAGCAUGUCGAGCCCCUAACUGGGAGUGUGAGGAAAUUCACACAGAGAGAGCUCCAGAAGGACAGUGGCUGGACGCUCAACCACAUCCCGUUUUCGCACCUGAUGGAGACAGCUUCCUGCUCCUGGCAGCUGUACAAGAGGGAGGCCAGGAACACUUCACUCACAUUAAACACGUCACUCUGACGGACCAAAGGAUUGCUGUGCUAUCGCACGGUCGUUACGAGGUGAGUUCAAUUCUGGCGUGGGACACUUCAGCUCAUUUAGUAUACUACUUGGGAUCUAGAGAGCGAAAACCGGGUCAGAAGCACCUUUAUGUGGUGCGAGAUCCAACUGCCGAUGAUCAUCGAAAUUUUGAACCUUUGUGCAUUACAUGCGACCUUGGAGAGGUCCUUUGGAGUAGUCGAUUUUACUAUAUAAACUGUACCCACUUUGGUGCGUCCGUGAAUCCGCCAACGGCAGAUAGUGGUGCAGGAUUUUACGUCCUUUACUGUGAAGGACCUGGACUACCUCUGGGUGGUGUUCAUUCAGUUACAACUCAUAAAAUGGUUCGAGUUCUUUAUGACACCAGGAUACAGCGGGGAGAUAGAUUGUCUCAAUUGGCACUUCCAAAGAGAAGAAGCUUGGAGGUGCCAUUGCCACAAGGCUGGAGGGCGCAAGUGCAGCUUCUAUUGCCACCGUCUUGGAGAGAGGAGCUUCGGGACGCUGCAUUUCCGGUGUUGGUGGAGGUCAAUGGACGACCUGGAAGUGAAGCGGUCACGGACAAGUUCAGCAUAGAUUGGGGUACAUAUAUGUCGAGCCACAACGACGUGGUAUACGUCAGACUCGAUGUACGUGGUGCUCGGGGCCAAGGAAAAAGAGCCCUAUUUCGAAGACUCGGAGGAGUCGAAGUACAAGAUCAGCUGACAGUACUGAGGUAUCUUCUACACACUCUCAAAUACUUAGAUGAAACGAGAGUUGGUGUUUGGGGAUGGGGAUAUGGUGGAUAUGUCACUGCCAUGGUGCUUGGAAGUCAGCAAGAUGUUUUCAAAUGUGGGGUCUCCGUUAACCCUAUUGCUGAUUGGCUCUAUUACAACUCCGCUUUUACGGAACGCGUUUUGGGAGCGCCGGCAGAAAAUUUCAAGGGUUAUGUGGAGGCUGAUCUAACUCAACGUGCCAGACUGGUACCAAGUAACAGCCUUUAUCUUCUACAUGGUUUAGCCGAUCUUACAGCGCCUUACACACACGGCGUUGCCUUUGCCAAGGCCAUGUCUGAAGCAGGAGUGAUCUUCAGAUACCAGAGUUAUGCAGACGAAGAUCACGGCCUGUCAGGUGUGCUGGAGCACGCCUACCGUUCCAUGGAGGAUUUCUUGACCCAAUGCCUCGUUCUGGAUCCCUCCUAGUGCCUCAAAACUCAUUACUUCCUUGUUAGCGACGCCGCACUUGCUUCUGAUCUUGAAAGAUGUCGACAAAAGCGUCGCCGAAGGAGCCUCGCGGAAGGAAGGAAGAUAGGAAGGUUCGUGUUCUUAAUGAUCGACACGCGAAACGUUCGAAUAAUAAAAACCGCACCUUCCAAGCUUCUUCUAUUAUGCUAACAUAAGGUCAUUUGUUGUUAAUGAAAUCAAGUUGAUCAAAAUCGAGUGAAUGCUAUGGAGAAAGAGAAAAUCGUGUGUGUGUGUGUGUGUCUCUGUCUGUCUGCGACAGAGAUGGAAUGUAUCCGAGGACACUUUAGGUACGAUAAUUAAUAAUUAUUACGGAAAAUAAAAAAGGGGAUUUCAUCAUAUUUGUACGAUAUCGUUAAAGCGUUGUAUACUCAUCAUGCAUCGUUAUACGAGCUCUCUUUGCUAUGGCCAAAAUUAUUCGUAUCCUCCCCUGGAUGACAACGCACAUUCUAGACUCGACUUCAGACAACAAGUGGAAGAAUAAACACACAAAAUUUCUUAGAAAAGUCCAUAUGCUUUCUGCCAGUGGCACGAAUCUCGAGUGAAAAGUCUAUUUCAUUUUUAGUAUCUAAUUAUUAAUUAUUACCGUUCGAAAACGUGACAACUCCCACCAAAAGUUCGAUUAUAUCUACUUCACUUCCGUAGUCGAACUAAAGGAAGUCUUAUGUAUUGGAUUGUAUGAAAAUAACGAUGAAUUACGUUUGAACUAUUAUUGAAUAUAUUAGAAGCCGUUCUUAAACUAAGUUACUAAUUGGAGGGGGCAGGAGAGGGCCACGCAAAACACGGCAUUUUUCUAAAGCCAUCUUUUUUAGUAAAAAAUCCAAGUACUUGCUUGAAACUCAUAAAACUUUGUUAAACAGAUUUUUUUAGUUGAAGAUGUACCUCUGGUUACAAAUUUAAAUAUUCCAUUUAAAAAGAACAAAUGAUGAAAUCCUUUUGUUGAAAAUUUAAUUGUUUUUUGAAGAUUCAUCAUUUCAGUCGAAAAUUUAUCUCUAUAGAUGAAAAUUUAACUACUGUGACCCCUAGAGUUUGUGUUGGCUUUAGGACUGACGGUGGUCUUAUCUCUGGGGACUCCGAACUCUUUUGUCACUCUCCUGUUUCUCUCUCUCGCUGCGUCAAUUCUCGGAAGAACUAACUCUGGAGGCCCUAUCUCCCGGGCUCACUGUAUUUCGUUAAAAAUUUCUUCUUUUUUCCUUUACAAGAAUUAAUUUUUUCAACUAAAAAUAUAAUUAUU